UAGCUAGCCAGCUAUUUCUGAUUGUGAUGGUUCCCGGAAACUGGGCGUUGUGGAGAUCGAGCAGAUCUAGCGUCACUAACAGGGAACUAUCACCUUAGACCAUCUCGGUUACAAGAGAUCGACGCCCUAUCAGCCUGUCAAGCAUGCGAGUGAUUAUCUACGAGGACAUUUUUCAUCCUUGCGAUCGUCAGGGGAUAUCUCCAUCGAGUAAUAUGGAUCAUUGCUGGACCAAUCCGACAUCGUCGACAUAUCAAGUCUAUAGUUUCUUUUUUUGUAUUUUCCGAAAUAGCUCCACUUUCUGUGCAUACCCUCAAUAUCAUGAACAUGAAAAUGAACCAUACAUAUAAAAGCCACCACGAGACCCCUCAAAUACCAAACAACAAAAAUUCAACAUCAACUAAACAAUCCCAAACCACCUCUAACCACUAAUCUUAAACUCACAUCAAAAUGAACCUCCUCCCCCUCCUCCUCACCCUCACCACCUUCCUCCUCCUCCCCCUCACAACAGCCUUCACCUCAACCUUCCAAAACUGCCAAAACCUCAACCGCCUCAACCAAACCGUCCACCGCGUCCACCCUCUCCUGGAAAAAUUCUCCUCUGUGCACGCCUCCAAAUCCCAAACAGCCGUCACCACAACCACCACCCUCGCCAACGGAACCACAAUUACCGUCACCAACACUACCUCCUCCUCCGCUGCAGUCGAGAGGAUCGAAGGCGUUAGGGCUCUGCUUCUCUCCUCCCAGGAGAAGAUCUACGGCCGGUUGAGUAACUGCUCGAGUGAUGCGGUAGUGGCGCCCCGGAAUGUGCUGGUGAAGGGCAGCGUGAAGAGAGAUGAUGACGACGAGGAUGAUGAUGGCUCUUGCACUUUGACUGAUGUUUUGGAUCAGUUGGUGGAUACGUUGGAGUGUGUGUUGAGCUUUGCUACGGGCUUGUUGGAGACGAUUCUUGAUGGGGUUUUUGAUUUGUUGAAGGAUGUUAUUGAGGGGGUGGAGAAGUUGUUGUAG